CCUCCCUCUCCAAUCUCCCUUGUAUCUUGUCCAAUAAAUUAAAAUUCAAAUACCAAAUCCACAGUUUUUCAACCUUCAUUUCCUCCAGCUUCCACUUCCCAUUCCCAUUCACUAUAUUUUGGCCGAUACAUGUACAAUUAAAAUCUCUUCCUUGGGGUUUUCCGUACUUUUUGCUCCAUGCAUGCUUCCCCUUCAGGCCCUUAUGCUACCUCAAAAUUCUCCAUGCAUGGCUUGGAAAGUAUCCCACAUGCUCAUCUUCACCAUUCUUUGGCUCUCUCUUCUCUUGUUAUGGCUUCAUGAAUUCCAAAACAUUCUCAACUUCAAUUUCAAUACCAAUACCAGUGGUAAACAACCCAACCCCACAACCUUUUCCUUGCUUUCUUCUCAUCGUAAUCCUUUCAUCACUAGAAAAGCUGUUGCUGCUGCCAAAUUUGACUUCACUCCGUUUCAGAAGCAUCAAGAUCAAGCACCAGAUCAAGCCAAGAAACAAACCAAGCCGGCCGAUAAUGAGGUUGAUCCGCGCUACGGCGUCGAAAAGCGCCUCGUACCAACUGGUCCGAACCCAUUGCAUCAUUGAUGAAUGAAUGAUGAUCAUAUAUAUUAUUUCAGAUCAAAGAAGGAAAUAAAAACAGGUUACUAUAUGGACUUUAUUUUAUUAUUCUUUUCUUUCAUCUGAUUAUAUUUGGUAAUCCUUAAUUGCUAGCUUUUAGAUCAUAUAUAUUGAUGAUAUAUGUGUGAGAUUGUGCUUGUAAUUAAAUGUAUAUUAGUAAAUUAGGGACAAUAGUAUUAUAAUAAUCCCAAGACAAUAACUGA